CCGUCACCAAACUAAUUGGAUGCGCAAAGUGCUGGAAGGGUACCAGACAAAGAAACGGUUUCACAAACCCUAGCAGAGGUUCCACUGCACUUGAGGCAGACUUUCUUCUAUUGCUUCAUUCUUUAAUAAUUACACAACUUUUUAUUAUUACGGUUACCAUUUCAAUUACAUUCUUAUUAUCAUUUUAUUUCUAUCCCACAAAUAUUGCCCAAAUAUUUGUGAUGUGUCUAACUAAAAAGUAAAAAAUUGAGAAGUGAAUAGAAGUGUGCUUUAUCAAACUUGGAGUAGGAAGUCCUUUCUUAACAACGCCGAGCCGAGCCGCAGGUAGACGAGGGGAUCGAUAAAUACUCUCUUCUUGGCCUGUUUGAGUUUGACGCGCGAAGCUCCCACCAAGCUAUGCUGCUCUCCAUCUCUGCCACCACGCCACCGCUUCACCACUCGGCUUUACAAGUUUCUCAAUUCACUAAACCCAAAACCCAACAACCCAAUAUGGGUCUCUAUCUCCGGCGCCCAUUUUACACCAUCUCUCGACCAUGAACUUUCAUCGUCGAUCUCUCUCCUUUUCGUUCGCUUCUAAACCUCCAUGGUUUCACCACUUCCACGCCUACCCCCAUGAUGCCGGCACCUCCAAUGAAAUCCUCACCAUUCUCGAAACCGUCAAUCCAAUGGAACACGCUCUCGAUCGAGCUCUCCCUUAUCUUAACCCCGAAAUAGUCACUUCGGUUGUUCAACAACAGCCGAACCGGUUAUUGGGUUUCCGGUUCUACAUCUGGGCAACCAAGUGGAAGAGCCUCAGGAGCAGGGUGUCUCAGAAUCUGGUCAUGGAUAUGCUUGCCAAGGACAAUGGCAGUGGCUUUGAAUUGUAUUGGAAAACUCUUGAGCAGCUCAGAGAUUGUGGUCUACCGAUUGCUUCUCAUGCUUUUACGGUGUUGAUAAAAGGGUUUUCGAAAUUGGGCAUGGCGGAAAAGGCGGUGGAAUCGUUUGGUCGAAUGAGAGAUUUCAACUGUAAGCCUAAUGUGAUUACCUACAAUUGUAUACUUUAUAUUAUGUUGCAAAAGAAAUUUUUUUUGUUGGCGUUAGCGGUCUAUAAUGAGAUGUUGAAGUUGAAUUUUAGUCCAAAUGUGACUACUUACAACAUUUUGAUUGGUGGCUUGUUUAAAUCUAAUAAGAUUCAAGAUGCACUCAAGAUGUUUGAUGAAAUGACUCGGAGAGGCUUUAUCCCUAAUGAGAUAACUUAUACUAUUAUCAUUUCCGGCCUGUGCCAAGAAAAGAGGUUGGAUGAAGCGCGUAGCCUUUUUGAUAAGCUGAAAAGUAGUGGCUUUUAUCCUGAUUCUGUGGCUUAUAACGCUUUGCUGAAUGGAUACUGUAAAUUAGAUAGGUUUGAUGAAGCUUAUGUGUUUCUGCAGUCGUCUAACUUAGACGGAUAUGUUAUUGGGCUCAAUGGAUACAGUUGUUUAAUUGAUGGCUUGUUUCGAGCCAACAGGUAUGCUGAAGCUCGUGGCUGGUACAUGAAGAUGAUCAAGGCAGACAUUAAGCCUGACAUUGUCUUGUAUACCAUAUUGGUUCGAGGUUUAGCAGAAGAAGGGAGGGUUCAGGAUGCUUUGAACUUGUUGAAUGACAUGAGUGAGAGUGGUUUGGUGCCAGAUGCUUACUGUUAUAAUGCUGUGAUUAAAGGUUUAUGCGAUAUGGGUCUUUUAAAUAAGGCUCGGUCUCUUCAUCUUGAGAUUUCAAAUCAGGAAUGGUUCCCAAAUCCAUGCACUUCCACCAUUCUUAUUUGUGCUAUGUGCAGACAGGGGCUGGUUGAGGAGGCACAGAAAAUUUUCAAUGAAAUGGAGAAGCUUGGAUGUGCUCCUUCUAUAGUGACAUUUAAUGCGCUUAUUCAUGGACUUUGCAAGGCUGGUAAAGUUGAGGAAGCGAACAUGUUAUUUUACAAGAUGGAGAUUGGGAAAAACCCUUCAUUAUUUCUUCGUCUUUCACAAGGGGCCAAUAGAGUUCUUGAUACUGCAAGUCUUGAAACAAUGGUGGGGCAAUUGUGUGAAUCAGGACAUUUCCUUAAGGCAUACAAACUUCUCACGAAGCUAGCUGACAGUGGGGUUAUGCCAGACAUUGUGACUUACAACAGUCUAAUCAAUGGGUUUUGUAAGGCAGGAAAUAUAAAUGGAGCUCUUAAACUUUUAAAGGACAUGCAACUGAAGGGGCUUUCCCCAGAUUCUGUCACAUAUGGGACACUUAUUGAUGGACUUCAAAGGGUUGACAGAGAAGAGGAUGCCUUUGUGGUCUUUAAUCAAAUGGCCAAAACUGGUUGUAAGCCUAGCUCUGCUGUUUACAAAUCACUUAUGACUUGGUCAGCCCGGAGAGGAAAUUUUUCAUUAGCCUUUAGUCUGUGGUUGAAAUAUCAGAGCAGCCUUCCUGGAAGGGACAAGGAAUCAAUGAACGUGAUAGAAGAACAAUUUAAAAAAGGAGAACUUGAGAAGGCAAUCAAUGGUCUACUUGGAAUGGAUUUCAAUUUGGAAGAUUUUGAUUUAGCACCAUAUACCAUUUUGCUCAUCGGGUUUUGUGAAGCUGGAAGAGUGAAAGAAGCUUUGACAAUAUUUUCUAUUCUUGAGAACUAUAAGGUCAUUGUCACUCCACCAAGUUGUGUGAAGUUAAUUUAUGGCCUCUGCAAAAGUGGGACUUUGGACCUGGCAAUAAAUGUUUUCAUUUAUGCUCUAGAGAAGGGUUUUAUGUUGCCAAGAGCUUGCAACCAUCUUCUCAAGUGUCUUCUUUGUUCCCAAGAUAGAAGGAAUUUCGCCCUUGAUCUUGUUCAUAGGAUCAGUUCCUUUGGGUAUGAUCAAGAUGCUUAUCUGUUUCAGUCUACAAAGUUUCUUCUACGAAGUCACUUUAAUAACCGUGACUUAUAGAUGUGCACUCUGAAUUAAAUAUUCCUUUUACCAUCUUGUAAGAGCAAAUUUUGUAGGAACCCCUAUAAAUAUUUGGAUUUUUUUUCUUCUGCAGUUGAUUGCAGAGGCUGAGAAAAGAGAAAUAAGAAGAAAAACUGUAGGUUAGAGUUUUCCGUAGUGAAUCUUCACUCAUAUCCCUUUUAGUGAUUGUAUUGGUUGAUUGUUCAUACCCAUUAGGGAGUUUUCUUAGUUAUCUAGUGUCACAAUCAUGUUGGAUAGGCAUUAUAAUUGGAUGCGUUCCUUCGUCUCUUUAACUGUUGGAAUUGUUUUUUUUUUCUUUUGACAGUGAAAUGUAUACUAAAGGAAACCAAGUCUUUAGGUAGUGGAUUGUAAUGGAUUGGACCUUUUUAUCUUUUAAAUUUGUCUCGGGAAGAUGCCUAUUUUCAAACCAAAUGUACCCGUUUCUGUUAAAUAAUGCCAUAUACUGUUAUACUUGA